UUUUUUGGGUAAAAAAAAAAACUUUAAAACUUUUCAAAACAUAGAAAAGUCGGACAACCAGUACGAAAAUUCGGUCUCCACAACUCUCUUCUCUUCUCUCUCUCACGAGAUCUGUACCCUUUUGCUUGCUGCUAUGAAACAUGGGGUUGUAAUGAGUUUCUAAGCUGAGCAGAGAACAAAUGGCGUCCGAUACGGCGUCGUCUGUGGACGAACAACAGGCACAGCUUGUCGCUGUUACUCCAACUGACAACAGAGGAAGGCAUCGGGUUCUUGCCGAGCUCAACCGACUCGAACAAGAACUCAAAUUCUUGCAGGAAGAGUUGGGAGAGCUUGAACAAACUGAAAACGUUUCCACCAUAUGUUCUGAAUUGCUGCCCUAUACCGAAGGCCGGCCGGAUCCUCUACUUCCACUAACAAAUGGGCCUAUAAAUGUAAUAUGGGAUCGAUGGUUUGAAGGACCUCAAAACUCACAAAGUUGCAGUUGCUUGAUACUGUGAUUGGAUGCAAUUUAACAUUUCUUGCCAUGGCUGCAGGAGAGUAUAAACAGAAAUGUCAUACCUGCUACAGAGUUAUUGUUAUUUUUGCUCCUACUUCUUUAAAGCUUGUACCAGGUGUGCGGUGCUUGACCCCGUUACGUUGACCCUAUUGAAUGUAGAACUUACAAUUAUUAAGUUUGUAUAUCAAAUGCCCCGGUUGCUCUUCUGACUCCA